AUGACCGUUACCGCUGUUAACGUUCUCAUAUCUUUAGGGGUAGCAGCGCUCGCCGUAGCUGUAUGGAAGGCGAUUGUAAUGGUCAUCCAGAUUGCUACAUCGCCUCUGCGCAACAUCCCCGGCCCUCCCAAUUCUAACUGGGUGUAUGGUAAUCUGAAAGAGAUCUUCGCUACAGAGAACUCGGUCCUGCACGAGGGUUGGGUCGCGAAAUAUGGCAAUACCAUCAAAUACAAGGGGUGGCUUUCGCGCAAUAGGUUAUUCACCGUCGACACACGAGCACUGAACUAUAUCCUCAGCCACUCCAACGAGUAUCAGAAGCCUGCCCUCGCGCGUUAUAAUCUGGGCGAGGUUCUGGGCGAGGGCCUCCUGAUUGUCGAAGGAGAACAGCAUCGUCAACAGAGGAGGAUAAUGAACCCGGCGUUUGGGCCCGCCCAGAUCCGGGAGCUCACUGAAAUAUUUGUGGAGAAAGCGCAGAAGCUAUGCCUUUUCUGGCGUAACGAGAUCUCGAAGAGCGGGGAGCCUGCUCGUAUUGAUGUCCUGAACGGACUUAGCAAGAUGACACUAGAUGUCAUUGGGCUAGCAGGCUUCAACUAUGAAUUUGACUCGCUGAACAUUGAUGGGAAGCCAAAUGAACUCAAUCAGGCGUUCAGCGUCAUGUUCCGGUCCCUCGAGGGCUUUGCGAUUGUCUUCCCCUUGCUUAAAGCGCUCAUUCCUCCGCUCCGGCUCAUCCCGGAUGGUCGGUCGCGACGGAUAGCAAAAGCUCGGAAGGUCAUGCGACGCAUGGGCAUGGAACUUAUCACCAAGAAGAAAGCAGAGAUUCUACGUGCUGCUGCUGGAGAGAAGGAGAAGGAUAACCUGCAGAGCCGCGACCUCCUGACGCUGUUGAUCAAGGCAAAUCUGGCUACCGAUCUUCCUGAGAGCCACAGGUUAUCCGACGAGGACGUGCUGGCUCAGGUACCGACCUUCCUUGUCGCCGGCCAUGAGACGACGAGCAACGCUACGGCCUGGUGUCUCUACGCGCUGACGCAAGCUCCCGAGGUACAGCAGAAGCUGCGCGAGGAGCUCUGGAGCAUCCCAACCGAGAACCCAAGUAUGGACGAGCUGAACGAGCUCCCCUACCUCGAGGCCGUCGUCCGUGAGACCAUGCGCGUGCACGCACCCGUCCCCUCGACGAUCCGGGUCGCCAUGACGGAUGAUGUGAUCCCACUCGACACGCCGUUCGUCGAUGUCCACGGCCAGGUGCAGGACAGCAUCAGAGUAAAGAAGGGCGACCCGAUCUUCAUACCCAUCCUCGUCAUAAACAGAUCGAAGGCACUUUGGGGCGAGGACGCCUUUGAAUUCAAGCCCGAGCGCUGGGAGUCCGUCCCCGACGCUGUACAGCACAUUCCAGGUGUAUGGGCGAAUCAGAUGAGCUUCCUGGGCGGCCCGCGCGCCUGUAUCGGCUAUCGCUUCUCUCUCAUUGAAAUGAAGGCCCUGAUUUUCGCGCUCGUGCGAGCGUUCGAGUUCGAGCUCGCGGUACCCCCGGAGGAGAUCAUGAAGAAGUCGACUGCGGUGCAGCGCCCUCUUGUCCGCAGCGAGAUGGACAAGGGCUGCCAGCUACCGCUGUUGAUCAAGCCGUACCACACGGUCUGA